GUGCGGAAAUAAUCCCGGACAAAAUCUCUCUCCCUCUUUCCCCUCCAGUUUUUCUGCGCCCAACGAGAAUCCGCUCCGAUUGAGAGAGAGAGAGAGAGGAUGGGUGGGGAAGAGAAGAGGCACCAGAUGAUGCAGAAUCUCUUCGGAGAUCAGUCGGAAGAGGAGGAAGAAGAGGAAGAGGAGCAGGAGGAGGAGGAGGUUGCCUCCGACCAUGAUGAAAACCUUCGCCGGUCGACUCAUCUCUCUGAUGAAGAAGGUGAAGGAGAGGCUGAGCUUGAGGGGGAAGGUGAAGCUGAAACAGAGGGACAAGGUGAAGCGGAUAGUGAGAGUGGAGGAGAACGGGCAGAGGCUUACCAAGAUCAACUAGAGAGUGAAGAUGACAGGGUUCAAAGUUCUCAGGAAAGAGAUAUUAGUGGUCAGCAGGUGGAAAGUGAUGGAAAAGAUGCAGAAAGUGACCAGGGAGAGUAUGUUCAAAGAGUUGUAACGAGCAGGCGAAGAGAGGUAAUCGCUAGUGGUUCUGAAAGGUCUGAGGAGGAUCAUUUUGUCGAAAAUGAAGAUGAAGAAGUCGAGCAAGGUGUAGGACCAAGAGAUGACAACCAUGUUCAGUCAGCAGCUGAGAUGAGGGAUGUUUUUGGAGAUUCAGAUGAAGAUGAACAAGAAGGUUAUGAAACACACAUGGAUUUGGAUCAUACUUCACAUAGGUCUCCUGCUGAAUAUGAAGAAAGUGAUCAUAGAGACUUAGGACCAGAAGAUAUGGUGCCUGAAGAAGAUGAACAAUUUGGAUCAGAAGAGGAUAAUUUUGAGCCGAAACUGAAAGAGAAACCUGUUGGGCCACCAUUGGAUCUAGAGAUUCCACUGCGGCCUCCACCUGCAUUGCCGAAUAAGAUGAACAUGAUAAGAGUUUCAAACAUCAUGGGCAUUGAGCCAAAGCCGUUUGAUCCUAAGACAUACGUGGAGGAGGACGUGUUCGUAACUGAUGAAUCUGGAUCAAAAAAACGGAUUCGUUUAGAAGAUAACAUUGUCCGUUGGAGGAAUGUUCGUAAUCGUGACGGUACAUUAUCUUAUGAAAGCAAUGCACGCUUCGUCAAGUGGUCAGAUGGAAGUCUACAGCUGUUGAUUGGCAAUGAGGUGCUUGACAUCUCUGUGCAGGAUGCACGCCAUGAUCAAACACAUCUUUUUCUUCGACAUGAUAAGGGUAUUCUGCAAUCACAAGGGAGGUUGCUACGCAAAAUGAGAUUUAUGCCUUCCUCAUUGUCAUCAAAAUCACAUCGUCUGUUGACUGCACUGGUUGAUUCACGACACAAGAAAGUUUACAAAGUCAAAAACUGUAUAACUGACAUUGAUCCUGAGAAAGAGAAGGAAGAAAAGGAAAAGGCUUUAAAUCAAACCAUUCGAAGUAGGGAAGAUCUACUUCGUAAGCAGGAGAAGAUAGCUCGGAAGUAUGCACAAACUCGAGAGAAAGAACCACAGCUUUCGCCUGGAUACUUAGAGGAGGCACUGGAAGAGGAGGAUGAGGCUGAUGAUUACCCUGGUACACGUCGAUCUGCUGCUCGCCGCUUUGAGGAAGAACUAGAAGUAGAAGGACGGGCAGAAAGACGUAUCCUAAAUGCAAAGAGGCCUGCACAAAUUCCAAGAUCUGUUCCACGAAAACCAACAAUGAGCACAGCUCCUCCACCUAGGCACCGGUUAGAAUCCUCAGAAAGUGAAAGAGAAGCAUCUGAAUAUGAAAGUGAUGACAAUGAAAAUGAUGUAAUGCCUGCACGUAAACACAUGGAAGAGGAAGAAUUUGAAGAAGAAGAGGAGGAUGAGGAGGAGGAAGAACAAGAGCAGGAAGAGGAGGAAGAGGAAGCUGAACAAGCCAUAGAGGAAGAAGCUGAUGAGGAGCCGAGACAAAAGAGUAAGGGAUCUGGAUGGAAUCGCCACAGAGAUGAGGAAUCAGAUGAAGAAGCUCCACAAAAGAGAGUACCACGUCGGAGAAUCAUUGAUUCAAGCGAUGAGGAGGAGUAACAUAUUUGAAGGUUUAUUGGGGCAACACACUAAGUGUAAGGGACUUUCAUGGUUGCUUCCUUUUAGCUAACCUGUUUUUUUUUAUUCUUUGCCUUAUACAAUGGACUGCCGAAGUUGUACAGUAUAUGGAAGCUUAAUUGCAUGUAUCUUUUCUAUUUGUCUAUUGUGAAAAUCUUAAAUGCUACAUCUUUAGUGCACAUUUUUGGUAUUAAAAGAAGUUGUGGAAUCAAUGGAAAAUAGAAGUGUUGUUUAUUA